CCCAGGACUGUAGAAUGUACUUCGGAUGAGUAGCUUAACUAUGAAGCUCACAGUCACAAGAUCAAGCUCAGCCUGAGUAUGCUCAACUAUGAACUCCCUAGAUGCUGAAGCCAAUCAGAAAAAUCCACUGGAGAAGAUGGUGCUUAAAUAGCAAAGCAAUUCCCUGCAUAUAGCUGGACUAUUACACUAUGUUCGAAGCAGGGCUGUCUGAUCGCGCCUCCUCGGAGUGCAAGAUUGAGCUAGCAGUGACUAGACUUCGAGGAAGCAGCAGAGGUGCAAGCACGAAACCAAGACUUCGAUCGGUCGUUUGUUACAGUUUGUAUCUUUACUACUACUGGUUUCUUUGCCACAGUAGUCUAUGGUUUUCUUUGGUGUGUUCUUCCUAGAGAUGUUUAGUUCUUGUAUAAUUUCCUAUUUAAAAAAUAAUGCUAUAUCACCAUUAUAAAAACAAUAGGUGAUGCUCCUGCUUCCAACAACCAU